ACAGUCAGAUGUCUGUAGGCACAGCACACACUUAAAAAGUAAAUAUAGUUUGCAGAGGUGCAAAUAUCAAUGAAAAAAGUGAUUUAUUUAAAAAGAGUCAACGUUAAAAAACACAAAAAACCCUGUAGGACUUGGACCGAGAUCUGGAGAUAAAAAGGAAGACAUUGAGGGAAUUAAAGAAGUAAGUGAUCAUUCCAGUGCACACUGUAAGCAUGUACAGUAUGUAACAUAAUGUAGUCAUCAUUGUUAUAUAUACAGUAUAUGGUAUCGUCGUAUUCUAGCGUUGUGGAUUAGUGGUUGUAAUUAAUCUUCAUGGUAAAUUUCCUAAAUAAUAUAUUAACUUCCACCGCUCAGUGAAGGUGAGGUGACAGAAACUCCUUGAAUGGUUUAAUGAUGACGGUUUCAGUUAACAGCAGUGGUGAGUGAAUGUAACGUUAUAGGCUGUUUCUAGGCUACUUACACAUUGAGUCGGUUUGCUAUUGUCUGCCACGUUCUUAUCUCGCUGUUUUAUUACAGCAGCCGACAGCCGUGUCUCCUUUUCUACAUAUUAUAUGCUUAACUUCCUCGUAAUCUUCCAUUAGAAGCUGUUUCUCACUGGGUUUAAAGUACGCGGAACGCGUUACCUCCAUUUCAGCAUCAGUAAAUCUGCGAUCGACCUCGUGGUCUGUUGAGGAAAGCAGUGAACUUGUAUCUAUCAGAAUUACUAACACCUGGCUCAACCCAGUCUCUCCUCUUCAGCCUGGCUCAACCUAGUCUCUCCUCUUCAGCCUGGCUUGGCCUUCGUGAUACCAGUUAAGCCUGGAUGAACUGACUAGACUAGGUCAACGCUCACUUUCUCUCUUAUCCUGGAUAUCUUUAUUCUGCUUUUGUGAAACAGGCCUCUGGGCCAUGUCUAGAGGGGAGCCCGCAAAUUGCAAAAUCCGAUCUGAGAUCUGCAAAAACUCUGAGGAGACUCGCUGCCCAACGACCUAUCCUGACCUUAACCAUCCAAGGUCAACGCCUGACCUUAACAAUCUCGCAAGAUUUUCCCCAGUCUGCAGGUUCCCUUCUAGACACUACCUGACAUCAGCUGACAGGAAGUGGACCCAAGCUGUUGCCUAGCAGCGCAACUGAAAUGAGCUAAAACAGAGCGCUUCAGACAGAAGGUAAAUACAGGCAUAUUCAGGCAGACAGUGAGGAAAAUGAAAGCAUGAAAACAUGUUGUAGUAGAAACAGAAAAUACAAGUAUGCCUAUGAACCUGAAAAUGAGCACAAUAUGGGACCUAUAAAGUUUAGAAGAAACUUACUCACAGAGAAAGACUCUUUUUUAGUUUAUUCUGGGCAACCAAACGAACGCGUUUCAGCUACAAGCAGAGGCAUACUUUGUUCAGAAAACUUUAGAGAAGCACACCCAAAAGUAUCUUGUGUCAUCAUAACAGUGCCUCCUUUGCCUGCAGCCACAAUACCAAUAACAGGUAAUAAGUCAAACCCCGGUCUCUGGGGUGAAAGUCCCGCGUUUGACCCAUUCAUCCACCACAAUCUACUCCCUGCAUGUACUUUGUCACUCUUUAAACUACUACUACUAUUACUGGGUUUAUAAUUUCUACUCAUUUCACACAGUGUUUUCAAAAUAAAUUUCCGUCUUCACAGGAAACAACCUGGUUAGGUUUAGACAACAAAACUACUUAGUUAGGUUUAGGCAACAAAACUACUUAGUUAGGUUUAGGCAACAAAACUACUUAGUUGGUGGUUGCACACGGGACACGGACGCCGGUCUCCUGGGCGAACGUCCUGUGGAUACUCCUACUCAUCAUAUAUAGUAUCUCACUAUACCGCAGUGGGUGGGUGAUAGAAGCAGACAUAAUCUUGUGUGGUGCUAUGUUUCCUGCCACUCUUAAUUCCGCGCCCACAGUACACUGAAACAGGAAAUGAAAGACCUAAGCAAAGAGCAUCAGUGUACGUGCUCGGUGUGUUCUGAGAGGAGCUGCUCAAACAAAGGUGAAGCUUCAGAUCUAAGCACUUUAUCUCGUGUUUUCAACACAGUUCAGCUUUCUGCAUUUGGAGAUCAAACGAAGGAGGUCAAGCGAAGCAACGUGUUACAGAUGCAGCAGCGUUUAUGAGAAUCAACCUACGCUGUCUUGACUUUCAUUUGACAAAAACAAUCUGCAAUAAUGAACGUGACGGAUGGCGACUGUACCAAUCCCCUCAACAGAGUACCAGUACUACUUUUUCCCAGCGUCUACAUCCUCGCUUUAGUUGUAGUCUACCGUGGAAAUCUGGCUGCCCUCUUCGUCUUCACCUUCAGGAUCACUCAUCGCACAGCCUUCAGUGUUUACAUCAGCAACCUGGCUCUGGCAGACAUCGCCAUCCUCUGCACUCUGCCCUUUAAGAUCCACUACCACCUCAACAGAAACAACUGGGUGUUUGGGGACGUCGCCUGCCGCGUCACCGUUCUGUUCUUCGCCAACAUCUACAUGAGCGUCUGUUUCAUGACUUGUAUCUGUGUGGAUCGAUACGUGGCCACCGUGCAUCCGCACGCCUAUCUGAGGCUGCGGAGCCCCUUGUGCUCCUUGGCUGCGUGUGUGGUGCUCUGGUGUGUAGUUAUAGCGGCUAUGCUGGUCUUUGUCCUCAUGGGACCUCUGGAAACCAACGCAGACGUAUCUGGAGGCCACAGCUGCUUUGAAAAUUUCGCCAAGAAAGAGUGGAACACUCGCUUGGCGGUGUACAGCCUGCUGUGCCUGAUCUUUGGCUCCCUGCUGCCGUCCAUGAUCAUCCUGGUGUACCCGCUGGCUGUGAGGCGCAUCUCCAUGAUAAGGAACUAAGACAGCCCAAAAGCCGUGAGGGUCAUUUACACCAUCCUGGCUAUAACGCUGCUCUGCUUCCUGCCCAACCACGUGGUGUACCUGCUGCACCUCCUUCGACGCAUGGAGGUCAUCCAGAGCUGCUCCGCGGCCAACGCCAUCUACCACGCCAGGCGGGUCACCAUUGCGCUCGUCAUCCUCAACACAUGCCUGGACCCCGUGCUUUACUACGUCACCACCAGCCACUGCAAAUGGAAGCAGUUAAAGAUGACACGGCUGUGGGGAAGGGUCCAGGAGGAGGGGACGUUUACCACAUCGCAGUGAGCUGAGGGGUAACAGCACAUACUGUAAAUACAUCUCUUAUAUGUUUCACUGUUAAAUGUAACUUCACUAUUGCAAGAAACGUUUCUAUAAAAAUGUUUAUUCAAAUUUGAAAUAAAUUGAAUGACCUUGUACAUCAAAAUAAAGGGACAUAUCAGAAUUUGAGUAUCUUAUUGUUCUUAGUCUUGUGCAGUUCAGUCUAUAAAUGAGUCCAUGAAAGAAUCUGCAACAUCACUA